GUGCUCACGCCUCCUUCUCUCCUGGCCGGGCUGCGCGCAGCGGAGCAGCGGUAACACCAUGGAGGCCGUUCCACAGCCCCAGCCUCGGCCUCUGCUCCGGCCCGGCGAGGCCGCCGUUGCUGCUGCUCCCGUGCCGCCGCCACCCCCGGAGCAGGAGCGGAAGCUGGAGCAAGAGAAGCUCUCGGGGGUGGUGAAGAGCGUCCACCGGCGGCUGCGCAAGAAGUACCGGGAAGUGGGAGACUUUGAUAAGAUCUGGCGUGAGCACUGCGAGGAUGAGGAAACUCUGUGUGAAUAUGCUGUGGCAAUGAAAAACCUUGCGGAUAAUCACUGGGCAAAAACUUGUGAAGGGGAAGGCCGGAUUGAAUGGUGUUGCAGUGUAUGCCGAGAAUAUUUUCAGAACGGUGGGAAAAGAAAAGCACUUGAGAAAGAUGAAAAAAGAGCUCUUCUUGCUUCUAAGACCACUCCAGCUUUAAAUGUUCCCCAGGCUCCCAAGAUUGAAGAUCCCUUGCCAGAUGCUGGCUUGACAAAUCAUGAAGCUAUAACAGAAGAAUUACUCCACUCCUUGGGGAAGAUCAGAUUACUUGAUGUUGGUAGCUGCUUUAAUCCAUUUCUGAAGUUUGAAGAAUUUCUGACAGUUGGCAUAGAUAUUGUUCCAGCUGUUGAGAGUGUAUACAAAUGUGACUUCUUAAAUCUUCAAAUUCAGCAACCUCUCCAGCUGGCACAAGAUGCUAUAGAUGCCUUUCUUAAGCAACUAAAAAAUCCCAUUGAUUCUCUACCUGGAGAACUGUUCCAUGUUGUUGUUUUUUCCCUCCUCCUUUCUUACUUUCCAUCACCCUAUCAACGAUGGAUAUGCUGCAAGAAGGCACAUGAACUUCUCGUAUUAAAUGGCUUGUUGCUUGUCAUAACUCCUGAUUCAUCCCAUCAGAAUCGCCGGGCUAUGAUGAUGAAGAGCUGGAAAAUUGCCAUAGAGUCUUUAGGUUUUAAACGCUUCAAGUAUUCCAAGUUUUCGCACAUGCACCUGAUGGCAUUUAGGAAAACUUCCCUGCAAACAACAAGUGACUUGGUUAGCAGGAACUAUCCUGGAAUGUUGUAUAUCCCACAGGAUUUCAACAGUAUAGAAGAUGAAGAUUAUUCAAACACUUCCUGUUAUGUUCGAUCGGAUACAGAAGAUGAACAGCUAGCUUACGGUUUCAUGGAGCUACCCGAUGCUCCUUAUGACUCAGACUCUGGAGAAAGCCAGUCUAGUUCAAUUCCUUUCUAUGAGCUAGAAGAUCCUAUAUUGCUUCUAAGUUAAUGUAGUUGUUGAAAUGCCCUUUCAGUCAAUUCUCUUGCUUAACUAAUUUUGCUAUACUAACAUGGGCUCAACACACAAAAGUGGUUUGCAUAAAGAAAAUGCAAAGGUUUACAGAGUUUGCUAUUUUUUUCUACUUUUGAAUUUUAAAAUUUAUUCUUGUAUGAAAGUGAAAAAAAUACAAGUUUUAUGCAAGUGACUCCUGUCAUAGCAUAAAUUGCUGUUACUUUCUUUAGAUUUGUAUCACUAAUUUUUUUUUUUUUUCCAGAAAGGUACCAUUCUUUUCUUUAGUGCUGUGAAGUGUGAAUUCUAUUUAAUUUGCUAAAUGUUGUUUUGAUAUUUUAACCAAAUGUGGUUGAGCUUAAGGCACUGGAGUUGGUGGGAUUCUGAGAAGUAUACAUAGGAAGAAAUAAUUUGCACUUUAUAAUUAAAUGUGCAGAUAGGUUAAGACAUGUGGUUACAUGUCCCUUUUUAUGGAACAAAACUUCUUUUCCCAAAUUUGUUUCAUUCUCGGUGAGCCUGGGCUGGAGAAACUGUAAUACUUGCACAUUUGAUUUUUCUUUAUUGCAGCCCUCUGGAGACAACAGCUAACUGAGAACACCAAAACACUAGAAUAUUAAUCCAUUGUUAUACAUACUGUGUAAUUUUGUUGCAUAAAUAGCAGUUAGACAUGAGAUUUCUGAAGAGGUUACCCCUGCCCCGAGGGGUAUGGUACGUCUAAACAAUCGUGUUUCACUUCAUAGCUGGAACAUGUUUUGCAGUCUCAUGAGCGUACAAGCACUAACAAGUAACAGUAUUUCCCCAAUGAUGGCAAUGUGUAUUCUUUUCAAACUCUGGGUUUGGGAGACAUUGGGGGUUUUGUCAUGUUUUAAAGUAGAUUAUUUAUGCAUUUUAAAAACAAGCAACCUUUUUCCUUUCAUUGUCCUUAUUUGUAAACCUCCCAGGUUACAUGGUAACUGUAAACCAAUUUUGUAAAGAGGAACAUAAUUCUAUUCUUUGAGUUUUCCAAG